CCUUAACAGGAAGGUAGAGCGGCUCAUCGGCAGGCAGACAGGACAGAACCGGGCGCUGUUACCGCUGCUGGAGCGAAACCACCGACGUCUCUCCUGAGAAUCUGUUUUCGGUUUCACCCAGAGGCUCCACCAUGGCCAGCAAAACGACUCCACUCCUCUUCAAGGCGCUGCUGGAGAUGUCUGAAGCCCACUCCUCAAAAGUGGUGCGAGGAAACGCGAAAAGAGCAAAUCUCAGAAACUUGGGCUCCUGUGGGGCUCUGCUUGCAAGAAGGGCCAGCCUGCCUCUCUGCCCCGCCGCCGCCGUCAACAUACCCAGCCGCAGCUUCAUCAACCUGGUUGUUCCCAUUAGCACCCGCAGGAUGGAGUACACCGAGUGCCGGACAUUAGAGUAUACUCCAGAGCAGAUGUACAAUGUGGUGGCCAGGGUCGACCAGUACCAGCACUUUGUUCCCUGGUGUAAGAAGUCUCGGGUCGUAAAGGGUCGAAACGGUGACAUCCGGGCCGAGCUCGAAAUAGGUUUCCCCCCCAUCUCGGAGCGCUACACCUCUGAAGUCACUGUCGUACCAAACCACAAAGUCAGGGCCGUGUGCACUGACGGAUCCCUCUUCAGCCAUCUUGAAACGAUUUGGAGGUUUGCCCCUGGAGCCAAAGACCUACCCAACUCCUGCAAAGUAGAGUUCUAUGUGUCAUUUGAGUUCAGGUCCCUCCUGCACUCUCAGCUGGCCAGUGUCUUCUUCGACGAAGUGGUUAAGCAGAUGGUCAGUGCCUUCGAGUCACGGGCGGCGAUGCUUUACAUGAACCAGCAGGAGGCGCCAUUGAGGAGGCGGUCGGCAUGAGGCGACCCCUUUGACCUCCACUCGGACUUUUUAACCAAACCCUGAUGUCACCUACCAUCAACACUUGUCUCACACAGGAGACUGGAUCUUCUUUUUGCACUCACUCAUAUCGUCUACUUGAGUUGACAUGCACAUGGAAUAUACCUAAAACAAGCUAACUUAUUUACUUUCUUGUACAUAUAUUUAUUUAAAGGAGAAGAAUUAAUUGAUGUUUUUUAAAUAAUGUUGAACACAAAUGUUUAUGUGUGGAUAAUGUACAGACAGGUGACUCCUCAGGGAUAAAAGGGUUAAAAGUGGAAUUAAAAAGUUCUUCUUUUGAUAAACUGA